ACUUCCCUGGCCAGAGGACAGAGGGAGGGAGAGAGGGUGUCUAGAGGCUGGGAGGUCACCCUCAGCCCCUCCUUGUCCCCUCCCUCUCUGGCAGCCACCAGCUAUAGUUAGGCCAGGCCCCUCCCUCCCUGCCUCCCUGCCCUGUAGGUCUCAGCCUCUGGCUGGUACAGAGUACAGAUACGGCACUGGCCCCAGUCACCGGACGGCACUCAUUUGCAGUUGCUUUCCGACCGAGCACCCUCUGUCUGGCGCCUUCCUUGAUUCUGCGCUUUUUCUAGGCUGUCUCUCUGAAGUGUCUCUUGAUUCUCUCUGACUGUCUCUGAGCGGUCCCUGGGUUCUCUCUGAGAUGUCUCGUAGCGGUCCCUGGGCUCUCGCUGGACUCUUGCUAGGCUCUCUCUGAGUUGUCUCUGAGUACUCUCGGCGCUCUCGCUAAACUUUCUUCCCUCGUGCCCCCGGCACCCGCCCCGCCCUCCCAGUUCCCUCCCGGGCUUCUUGGCUGCACCUCCAGCUCUCUGGCUCCUUCCCGGGCUCUAGGACUCCCCGCUGGCUCCUUCCCUAGCUCCCCGCUAGUUCCCGAGCCAGCCCUGGCGACGCUCUGCGCGCUGGGUGGAGGCAGCGCAGGGACCUGGGGGCGAGGUCUCCCCGGCCCCAAGGCCCCCAGGCCCAUGGAGCUGGUACCAGGGCUAGGCGCCCUGAGGCGGCGGAAGCGGCUGCUGGAAGAGGAAAAGAGCCUGGCGGGCUGGGCUCUGGCAAUGGCUGCAGCGGGAAUCGGGCUGAUGGUGCUGCACGCCGAGAUGCUGUGGUUUGGUCAAUGCGAGUGGGUUCCCUAUCUCUUCCUGGUGAAAUGUGGGAUCAGCAUCUCCACCUUUGUCCUCCUCGGGCUCAUCUUGGCCUUCCAUGCUAAGGAGGUUCAGCUCUUCAUGACAGACAACGAGCUUCACGACUGGCGAGUGGCGCUGACCAAGCGCCAUGUGGCCCAGAUCGUGCUGGAACUGCUGGUGUGCGGGGCGCACCCACCCCCGCUGGGGGCAUGGGACGCCUCUCAGUGCCUGCUCCAGCCGCGCCCCCGGCCAGUCUUUCUGAGCCAGGCCGAGGCUCUGCUGUCGCUAGCUAUGCUGCUGCGCCUCUACCUGGUGCCCCGGGCAGUGCUGCUCAGCAGCGGCGUGCUACUCAACGCCUCUUACCGCAGCAUCGGAGCCCUCAACCGCGUGCACUUCCGACACUGGUUCGUGGCCAAGCUGUACAUGAACACGCACCCAGGCCGGCUUCUGUUGGCCCUCACCCUAGGCCUCUGGCUCACCACUGCCUGGGUGCUCUCCGUGGCCGAGAGGCAGGCAAUCAAUGCCACUGGGCACCUGACGGACACUCUCUGGCUCAUCCCCAUCACCUUCCUGACCAUCGGCUACGGGGACGUGGUUCCGGGCACCGUGUGGGGGAAGAUCGUCUGUCUCUGCACAGGGGUUAUGGGCGUGUGCUGCACAGCUCUCCUAGUGGCUGUAGUGGCCCGAAAGCUGGAAUUCAGUAAAGCGGAGAAACAUGUCCACAACUUCAUGAUGGACAUUCAGUACACCAAAGAGAUGAGGGAUUCUGCAGCCCAAGUGCUCCAAGAGGCCUGGAUGUUCUACAAACACAGUAGAAGGAAGGAGUCUGAAGCUGCCCGGAGACACCAACGGAAAUUGCUAGCUGCCAUCCACACAUUCCGUCAGGUGCGCUUAAAACAUCGGAAGCUCCAAGAACAAGUGAACUCCAUGGUGGACAUCUCGAAGAUGCACAUGAUCCUGUGUGACUUGCAAUCUGGCCUCAGCACUUCCCACAGAGACCUGGAGAAGCGAAUGGAUAUACUAGGGGGGAAACUUGACACCCUGACCCAACUCCUCAGUGCAGCCUUAGAACCUGGGCAGCCCCCAGCACCCAGGGAGGCCACAUAGUUGGGACUAUGAAGAGGGAAUCUACCUCCUUCAGCCCCAGGGGACAAGCUGGUCAUCCCCUUUCACUUCAUCAGCAUUAUGAAGGGACCCAAGUCUAGGGAAGUCCCUCUCUCCAACAGCUGCUACAGUCCCUGGCUGAGCCAGGGGUACCCACGCUCACCCAAGCAACGGAAGGGGUGACUUUCAAAGCUGCUACAGGGCUGGGGAGUCAAGGAACCCAGGAGCUACAGACCACAGGCCUUCUCCAAGUCACACCACAACUAAGGAGCAGAAGGAAGGGGAGACCCUGGGGAGGAGGGAGGAGCUGGAGGCCAAGUUCCUCGAUCCCUGGUAGGGCCACAGCUCUCAUUAUUCCCUGGAAGCCCUGAUGCCUGGGUCUGUGGAGUGGGAGGUGGCUGGAUGCCUAGGUCCCUGCCAGGGACAAGAGGAUGAGAGAGCUGGUUCCCCAAGCUGAGCAAGAACUGAGAGAGUUGGACACUUAGGUCCCUGUCCUCAGCCGCUGCUGGACAGUUGAAGAGCUAAAAGGAUCCAGUGUCAGAGGUGGGGAGAGGCUUCCAGGAGCGACAAGCUGCCAGGUACAUGGAGGCCUGGGGCACCCCCUAGUGGGAACAGCAAAGGGAAAGUGGGCAGCCUGAGCCCCUGGAGGGGAAUCUGGCCAAAGCGUCCCAGCUUUCUCCUUUCCCCCCUCCCUCGGCCCCACUUUGUAAUAAAAGUUAAUAUUAAGGAACAGGGA